UGAUUGAGCAUCAUGGGUAAAAACACACGAACAUUUUCAACGUCACGCAAGCGUUUCCGCAAACUUUCCUGUUGUCUCUUGGUCGGGUUGUCUACAUUGGUAAUCGUUGUUACGGAAUUAUCAGACUAAAAACGUUUCAAUUCCAGGCCAAAUAUGACUGAAAGCAAAACUACCGGUCCAACAGCCACGGAGGCUGGAGAGGAAAGGGACUGGGCAGCAGCAAAAGCCUUUUUUGACCGUUUAAAAACAAACAAACCUAAACCUCCCAAACCCCAGUAUGCCGUUACUAUCGCCAUCUCCUCUCGCUCCCUGUUCAACAUGGUUGCAGAGGGGAAGAUCUACAAAGAAGAUGGGGUCGAGAAGUAUGUGGCCUAUCAACAGGAGCACGACAAUGAGCCGCUCAUGCCAGGGGUGGCGUUUCCUCUAGUGAAGGCUCUGAUGAAUGUGAACGCACGGCUGAGGCGGCUCUACCCCCCCGACAGUGACGAGUUGUUUGACAUCGUCCUGAUGACGAAUAACCAUGCCCAGGUCGGGGUGCGCCUCAUCAACAGCAUCAACCACUACGAUUUAACCAUUGAAAGAUUCUGUAUGACGGGAGGGGAAAGCCCUAUUGGCUACCUGAAGGCCUACAUGACCAACCUGUACCUCUCAACGGAUGGAGAGCAGGUCAUCGAGGCCAUUGAGGAGGGCAUUGCAGCAGCGACCACGUUUGCGUCCGGAGAUGUGGAGAACCAGCUAUCCGACACACAGCUGAAAGUUGCCUUUGACGGGGACGCCGUCCUCUUCUCUGAUGAGUCGGAGAUCAUCGUGAAACAACACGGCCUGGACACGUUCUUUGAGCACGAGAAGGAGUUUGAGAACAAACCUCUUGCACAGGGUCCCUUAAAGUGUUUCCUGGAGGCGCUGGGGAUGCUCCAGAGGAAGUUCUACGCCAAGAACGAGCGUAUGACCUGCCCCAUUCGUACCUACCUAGUAACAUCCCGCAGUGCAGCCAGCUCAGGGGUCCGCGUCCUCAAGACACUCAGGAGUUGGGGCCUGGAGAUAGAUGAGGCCCUGUUCCUAGCCGGGGCCCCUAAAGGGCCUCUCCUGCAGAAGAUCCAGCCUCACAUCUUCUUUGAUGACCAGAUGUUCCACAUUGAAGGUGCCAAGGAGCUGGGGACUAUCGCUGCACACGUGCCUUAUGGGAUUGGACAGAAGUACCACAAGGGGAUAUUUAUUGAGCAGCCUGCCAAAGACACGACGUAGUGAGCCUCCUAGGGGUGGGAAUGUAGAAUACAUUAUGCAAAUAGUUCGUUGCGCACAACCCUGUCAUCAGCAGUCGUUUUUGUUUUGUGCUGGAUUUUGUAUUUUUUUAAAUAAAGCUACUGCUACUAAAAUAUUUGUAUCAGCAUAUACUGUAGUAAAAAUGUACUACUCACCUCAGGGAUUUUUGCUAAAAUAAAACAAGUUUACAAUGUCA